CCCUCCCCUCCGCCAUGAUGGCGGCCUAGCGGGCCUGACGGGGGAGUCGUCCUUCUCGUCGUCGGCUUCCGUUCCCCGGAUGGCGGGUCGGCGCGGCCUGUGAGGCGGCGGCGGACGAGGGCGCGGCCUGGCCGGGGGGCUCGCGGGGGUCCCGGGCCGCGAGGAUGUCGUGCGUGCACUACAAGUUCUCCUCGAAGCUCAACUAUGACACGGUCACCUUCGACGGGCUCCACAUCUCGCUCUGCGACCUCAAGCGCCAGAUCAUGGGCCGCGAGAAGCUCAAGGCCGCCGACUGCGACCUCCAGAUCACCAACGCCCAGACCAAGGAAGAAUAUACGGAUGACAAUGCCCUGAUUCCCAAGAACUCGUCUGUUAUUGUCAGAAGAAUUCCCAUUGGCGGAGUGAAAUCCACGAGCAAAACUUAUGUCAUAAGUCGAACUGAUCCCGUGAGUGGAACUUCAAAAGCAAUUGAUGACUCUUCUGCAUCUAUUUCUCUGGCCCAGCUUACAAAGACCGCCAAUCUGGCUGAAGCCAAUGCUUCCGAGGAGGAUAAAAUUAAAGCUAUGAUGUCACAGUCUGGCCACGAAUAUGAUCCAAUCAAUUACAUGAAGAAGCCUCUGGGUCCGCCUCCACCCACCUAUACUUGCUUCCGCUGUGGGAAACCUGGCCACUAUAUAAAGAACUGCCCAACCAAUGGGGACAAGAGCUUUGAGUCUGUCCCCAGGAUCAAAAAGAGCACGGGGAUCCCUCGGAGCUUCAUGAUGGAGGUGCAGGACCCGACCACCAAGGGCGCCAUGCUGACCAACACGGGGAAAUACGCCAUCCCGACGAUCGACGCAGAGGCUUAUGCUAUAGGCAAGAAAGAGAUCUGCAAAGAUAUAAUGACCGAUGCCGUGGUCAUCCCCUGCUGUGGGAACAGCUACUGCGAUGAAUGUAUCAGAACAGCCCUGCUGGAAUCAGAGGAGCACACCUGUCCGACUUGCCACCAGACUGAUGUUUCUCCUGACGCUUUAAUUGCCAACAAGUUUUUACGCCAGGCUGUCAAUAACUUCAAGAACGAAACCGGCUACACGAAGCGGCUCCGCAAACCAGCCCCGCUCCCUCGGCCACCGGCUCCGCGGAACGUGCCAUCCUUGCCGAGGGCAGGCAUGUCCAGACAGCAAGACCCCCUGAUGGUUCCGCCUUCGUCAGCUCCGGUCCACGCCGCCGCAUCCCUCGCCUUGCCCCUGGCUCCAGUCAACCUGUCUGCCUCCGCUCCUGCUGGUGAGGUCCCAGCACCUGUUUCCAUGGCGAUUCACCCAGACAAGCCCGAAGGGCCAUUCCGGGAGGGUGACGGCAUCGGCCCCACGGCCGCUCUGGUGCCUGCCUCGGAACACUCAAAGCCGCCUUCCUUGUUGUCCAUGAACACUGUGAUGGAGGAGAAGGUACGCGCCGUUCCCGGAGUGGAGGCGCCCGGCCCCAUGUACCGCAGCGGCGGCGGCCACUCAUUCUCUUCCUGUCCUUCCUCCAAGGGCUACCGGGUUCCGGUGCUUGGGCAGGCGGCCUUGGCAGGGCAGCUGGGCCCCCACGGGCACUCCAUCCCCUCCAUGGGUCAGCCACUGAGACCCAACCCGGUUCGUACCGCAGGCAGCCGGUCCGGCUGGGAGCCAAGUUCAAACCGAGGACGCCCGCAUAGUGACCGCACACAAAGGACCCAGGCCCCAACACUGCCAGCCUCCACCCAAGUGUUUGUGCCCGUGCCGCCUCCUCCGCCCCCCCUGUACCCUCCUCCCCCCCCGCACGCCCUUCCUCUUCCACCGGGGGUGCCUCCGCCACAGUUUCCUCCUCAGUUUCCACCGGGUCAACCUCCACCUGCCGGGUACACGGUCCCCCCUCCGGGAUACCCCCCAGCUCCAGCAAACAUAUCAACACCUUGGGUACCAACACCAGUGCCAACGGCUCACUCAAAUGCCAUCCCAACGACACAACCACCUCCUCUAUCUAGGGAGGAGUUUUACAGAGAGCAACGGAGACUGAAAGAGGAGGAAAAGAAAAAGUCGAAACUUGAUGAGUUUACAAAUGAUUUUGCUAAGGAACUGAUGGAAUACAAAAAAAUCCAGAAGGAGCGCAGGCGUUCUUAUUCCCGCUCCAAGUCACCCUACAGCGCGUCUUCGUAUUCAAGAAGUUCCUACACGUACUCCAAGUCGCGAUCUGGCUCGUCCCGCUCGAGGUCCUACUCCCGGUCGUUCAGCCGCUCCCACUCCCGCUCCUACUCCCGCUCACCCCCCUACCCCCGGAGGGGCAGGGGGAAAAGCCGGAAUUACCGUUCCCGAUCACGGUCCCACGGAUAUCACCGGUCCCGGUCCAGGUCUCCACCCUACCGGAGGUACCAUUCUCGAUCCAGGUCUCCCGCCUACAGGGCCCAGUCCCCCAAUAAGCGCCCCGUUCCUCAGCCCGAAGGAGAGAGGGAGUACUUUGGCCGAUACCGAGAAGUCCCGGCCUACGACGUGAAAGCAUACUAUGGGAGGCCCGUGGACCUGAGAGGAGACCUCUUUGAGAAGGACCGAGUCCGUGACUGGGAGUGCUACAGAGACUGGUGCGAGAAAUACUACAAGGGCUUCCCGGCUGGGGCCCAGCCCAGGCCUCUGCUGAACAGGGAGAACUUCUCCCCGGAGCGCUUCGGCCCACCGGGACCUCGCCGAGAGAACUCUCCGUAUGUUCGGGGGCGCAGAGAUGAGUACCCGGGAGGAGGAGGACUCGGCCAUCGGAAUCGCGGCAUUGGCCCCAGCUACUCCGAGAAGCUGCCCGGCCGAGAGGGCCACGGGAUGAAAGAAAUGGCCAAGCUGAAAGAGAAGGAGCUCGAAAACACCUCAGGAGACGGGAAAGGAAACAAACAUAAGAAGCACCGGAAGAGAAGGAAGGGAGAGGAGGGCGAAGGCCCUCUCCCCAGCACGGACUCCUUGGAGGGCUCACGGAAGUCCCGGGACACUGCUGGGGGGGAAGACAGCAAACCCGAGCCCCUCUUCAUGCUCCCGAGCAGGGACGACGCCACCCCUGUCCGGGACGAGCCCAUGGAAGCCGAUUCGGUUGCCUUCAAGCCCACGUCUGACAAGGAGAGGAAAGAGAAGCCAAAGGCAAGAGCCGAGAAGGCCAAGCGCAAAGUGGAGGGCGCGACCACCCCCAAGAAAGACGCAGCGGCAAAGCCGGCGAAAGUAGCCCCGGAGAAGUCGGAGGGAGAUCACGAGAAGUCCCCGCGGGCUGAGCUUCCGUCCAAAAAAGCAAAGGAGGAAUUGCCCAAGGCGGAGAGCAGCAAGUCAUCCUCUCAGAGGGACGAGAAGCCCCUCGGCACCCCACGGAAAGUUCACCUCCGAGCCACGAAAGAACACCCAGAAUCCAGGUCAGCCAAGGAGGAGAGAGGCAAGAAGGAGCACCCCAAGGAAGUCAAGGCCGAGAAGCCGCCGCCGAGCAAGGAGGAGAAGGCUAAGAAGCCGGCCGACCGGAGCAAAGCCGUGGAGGCAAAGACCGAGAAGAGGAAAAGGAAGGUCGAGGAGAAGGCAGAGAAGGACCCAGAAGCCGCCGGCGCUGCCACUGCCGCAGUCAAGCCUCCCAAGCCGGAGGUGGUGGAGGUGAAACUCUCGCCCAAGGGCCCGGCGGAGCCCGAGGGAGAAAGGGCGGCCCGGAGCCCCGAGAAGGAGAAGACAGUGUCGCCGGUGGUGCCGGCCAAGAAGAUAAAGUUGAACCGAGAGACGGGUAAAAAGAUCGUCAGUGCCGAGAGCGUGCCCCCUCCCAAAGACCCCCCAGCGGACAAACCGGAGCCGGCCAACAGCAAAGGGAAGCCCGAGAAGGCCAAAGGGAAGCUGCGGAGGAAGGUGGCGGCAGGGGAUGGAUCCACCUCCACGCUGGUCGACUACCCCAGCACCAGCUCUGCUGGAGGAAGCCCCGUACGGAAGUCAGAGGAGAAGCCGGACACCAAGCGAACCGUCAUCAAGACGAUGGAGGAGUACAACAAUGACAUCACGGCCCCCGCGGAGGACGUCAUCAUCAUGAUCCAAGUGCCGCAGUCCAAGUGGGACAAAGACGAGUUUGAUUCGGAAGAGGAGGAGGAGGAGGAGGCGAAGUCGACACAAGUCCCUUCCGCGGUCGCAAAGCCCACGAGCGUCAUAAAGACCGUCGGCCCAAAGCCCCCCGUCAAACAGACUGAGAAGGACCCCGAGCCUUCGGAGAAGAAUCAGAAAGCCUUGAAAGAACCCGGGCACGAGAGUGCCUUGCCUGACUCCAAAAGCUCCAAAACUACAUUAGUGAACGAGAAAGGGAAAGGCAGGGACCGGGACCCUUCUGCCGCCUCUGACAGAGACUCUUCUGAGAAGAAGAAGAGUGGGGUCCAGCCGGAGAAGGAGCGCCCUGAGCAAGCCACUGCAAAGGGUGGCUCCUCUUCCCACUCUUCCAAAGAGAGCAGAUCUUCAGAAAAGCACGACUCUGCCCACGGAUCUUCCGCCAGGGACUUCACGCCGACCUGGGACAAGAAGUCCGACCACGACAGCAGCAGAGACCACUCGAACUCAAAGCGGAGAGAGGACAGGAGCGACGUCUCCCGGAAGAAAGCCUCCCCUUCCCGAAGUCGGGAGCCCACCUCUUCUUCGGGACAAAAGAAUAAGCCGAGGGACGAGAGACUGGAGCAGGCCAGAAAGGGAGGUGGGGACUACCGGCGGAGCAGCUACAGCCCUCCAAGGGACCGCAGGCCGAGUGACCACAAGUCCACCCAUGAGUCCAGGCACCCGGCGGAACACCGCAAAUCUCAGGAGAGAGGCUCCGGCAGAGAGAGGGAGAAGCGGCCGUCCUCCGAGACCCGGAGCAAUAAAGAGAGGGUGGGUGGAAGCAAGCCCUCGCACAGGCGGUCCUCCCCAGAGACGAGAGAGCCGGGGCCCGUGCCGAGCGAGAAGAGCUCCUCCUCCUCCAAAUCAGAGCCCCAGCCGAGCCACUCUUCCCGGCUGUCUUCCGACCCGACGAGGGAAACGGACGAGGCCGCGUUUGUCCCAGACUACAAUGAGAGCGACAGCGAUAGCGGCGCCUCCGUCCAGGGGUGUGACCUGCCAGGCAGGAGUGCCCGGGACGGGAAGGAGAAGGCCGCCGACAAAGCUCAAGAGCCGGCGCCGGCGGCAGCAGCCGGGCCAGUCGGCCCGCCCGCCAGGAGCAGCCCGAGCGCCAGCCGCAGCCAGAGCCCCUCCGGGAGCCAGGGCCGCAGCAGCAGCGCCAGCUCUGCGGACAGCCAGGACAGCCAGAAGAAGCGGAAGAAGAAGGACAAGAAGAAGCACAAGAAGCACAAAAAGCACAAGAAGCACAAGAAGCACGCGGGCGGCGAGGCCGAGGCGGAGAAGAGCCAAAAACACAAACACAAGAAGAAGAAGUCCAAGAAGAGCAAGGACAAGGAGAAGGAGAAGGAGGACCAAAAAGCCAAGGGGGGUGUGGCUGUCUGAGGGGGACUGGCAGGGAAGGGACGGAGUGCCCCCCCCCCGGCCACCUUGUACAUAAUG